CUCACCUCCUUCUCAUCUCUUUUCCCCCGGUUGCUCUUGCUCUUACUGAGACUGGAAUCAUCAUAUCAUGGCUGCUUCGGUUCUAGGCAAGCGCCAGCGAGCUGCUAUCGAGGCGGAAGUUCCAGCAUUGCCGGUGCGUAGGGCAAGCAGGCGCCGCACGCAAGUACCUCGCUCCCAGGAAGAAGGUGUGCUCAAUGCACCCCAAACGCGCCAACUUCGGUCAAGGACGAGGAAUGGCGGCUCUAUCCAAGAAGAACUCCAGAGCGAACCCAAGGACAUCUCGGAUGAGAACGAUCAAUUGAAACGGACUGUACGAGUUGGCAAGACUGCGUCAUCUAUCAAGCGCAGUCACGAUUCGGAAUCGGUCAAUGAUGAAAACUCGGCCCCGAUUGAGCUCAAGACUCCUUCAAAAUCUAGAUAUCGCGAUGCGCUCGAUUCCCCCCCAAUCACACCAAAACACCGGGUCCAAAUUGGCGGAAAAUCUUUGACUCCACGGACGCCUCGACACAUAGCAACACCGACGACUACACAAACAAUAUACUCUCAAGCCAGGCAGCUGUUUGCGCGAGGUGCAACUUCGAGUCGAAUAGUGGGCCGUGACACCGAGCGGGACAAGCUGAUAUCAUUCAUCCAAGAUGGUAUUGAUUCACGCAAAGGUGGUUGUUUGUAUGUCAGCGGUCCUCCAGGCACCGGGAAGAGUGCAAUGGUUCAGGAGGUAUGCCACGACAUGGAUCUGAAGUCCCUGAAAAUUGCACACCUCAAUUGCGCGAGUAUGCGAGGUGCUCGUGACGUCUAUAGCAGGCUCAUCGGCGAUCUUGGCGACGAUGAUGAGGUGUUCAAGAAGAGCGAGGCAGAGAGGCUACAAAUGAUGUUUACAUCCGAUGAAGAAGAUGAUUUAUUCUUGGUUACUUUGGAUGAAAUUGACCAUCUCCUCACCGCGGAUUCCGGCAUUCUUCAGUCCUUGUUCGAGUGGUCCUUGCAAGAAAAAUCGCGGCUCCUGCUCAUCGGAAUUGCCAAUGCGCUUGAUUUGACUGAUCGGUCACUCCCACAGUUGAAGGCCAAGAACCUGAAACCUCGCUUGCUUCCCUUUUUGCCUUAUAAUGCAGGCCAGAUUGCCAGCGUAAUUACCAAUCGUCUUCGCUCUUUACUCCCAGAAGGUCAGACUGUGGACCCCAACUUCGUUCCUUUCGUCCAACCAGCAGCCAUCCAAUUAUGCUCGAAGAAGGUGGCAUCACAAACUGGCGAUCUACGGAAGGCAUUUGAACUCGUUAAACGCGCCAUUGAUCUUAUCGAACAGGAAGCACUACGGAAGCUCGAGACGCAAAAUGCCAACCCCGAGAGUCCUUCCAAGACAAUCCUUGUGGAAAACAACAAUCUCUCGUCAUCUUUGAAGACAUGUACAUCUAAACAAACCCCUACAAUAACUUACACUGCUAUUACGGCGCCACGAGCCAGCAUUGCGCACGUUGCACGGAUCACUUCGUCGGCUUUUGGACAGGGGACGGUGCAGCGACUCCAAGGCCUCAAUCUUCAGCAGAAGGCAGCCAUCUGUGCUUUGAUCGCCCUUGACCGGAAGCGGCGGCAAGGUGAAUUUCCGGGUACACCAUCAAAGACAAAAUACUUGCCACCGACGAUCAAGCAAGUGUACGACACAUACUGUACCUUGUGUCGGCAAGACAACAUCUUGCAUCCCCUGACAUCCACCGAGUUCAAGGACGUGCUCAGCAAUUUGGAGACAUUGGGCCUUGUUGGUGAAUACCAGGGCCGGGGCAGAGGUGGCACUCUCGCUGGCGGCUCGGAUUUGAGGCGGAGCCCCACAAAGUCUCACGGCCCACUGACACCUAGUCGAGCCUUGGACGAGCAGAGCCUUGUUUGUUUCGUAUCCCAAAGAGAGAUCGAGACCCAGAUCACUGGAGCGGGAGAAGGUAUCCUUAGGAGACUCCUCACAGGCCAAGGGCUAUGAACACUUUCUUGUGCUUUCUUUCGUCCAAGAAAAAAGCAUGAUUGGUCUUUUGAGGGGGGCGUUCGACUACGGGCAGUUAUUCCAUUCUCUUGGUGUUGGAUAGGGGAGUACAGAUGCACAUAACAUUUAGCGAUACUCCCAGCAUUGGCAUACGGCGUUUCAUACAUAGUCAUACAAACCUAUAGAAUAUGAUAAUGACAGCUUACAA